GCCACUCAACCACUGAGGGAUCUUUUUGGGGACUACAUAGCUCUCAGAAGAUUGCCAUGUGUGCGGAUGUAGAAAGAAUCGGAGUAUAAAAUGGUGAAUUGAAGCUGCAGUUUUAGUUUAUUCACUCUGAGAGAAAACUCAGAGGAACAGCGUUAAAAAGUCUAGUUUUAAACCUCGUAAUUGAGAGCAAUAUAUCUACACACACUGGCAUUGUUGGAUGAAUAAAUACACAAGGAAGAUUUAACAUUCACUCACUGAAACAUCUGGAGUUUACGCAUCUUUUCUUCACAUCUGCACAACUUUAUUCUAGGAGUCAUAACGCCAUCAUGCCGCCGGUCUUACCAAUGUCCCGAGGGAACUACGACUACGACUACGACACGGUGCAGCCCUACUUCCUGGAUGGCGAGGAAGAGGAGGACUUCUUCCCGCCGCCGCGCUGCCAGCUGCUCCCGGGCCCCGGCGAGGACAUCUGGAAGAAGUUUGAGCUGCUCCCGACGCCCCCUCUGUCCCCGAACCGGAGACCCUCGCUGUCCGACGCCGAUCACUUGGAGGCUGUGACCGAGCUGCUGGAUGACGACCGCGAAACCUUCCUGCAGUCCUUCAUCAUCCAGGACUGCAUGUGGAGCAGCAGCUUUGCCGCCGCCACCAAGCUGGAGCAGGCGGUGUCAGAGAGGCUGGCGUCACUCCGGGCUCGCCGUGCAUCCUCCACUACGACCAGGUCUAACGGCGUGGUCCUGCAGGACCUCCAGGCUGCAGAGACCGCCUGCAUCAACCCCUCCGAGGUGUUUCCGUACAAACUGCUGACAGAGAAGGAAGUGCCAUCACAACCGUGUCUGGAGUCCCCGCCUCUCAGCAGCAGCGACAGCGAAUCAGAAGAAGAAGAGGAGGAAGAAGAGGAGGAAGAAGAGGAAGAAGAAAAGGAAGAAGAAGAGGAAGUGGAAGAGGAGAUCGACGUGGUGACGGUGGAGAGGCUAAAAACAUCCCGCCGGUCGAGCCCGUUGGUCCUGAAGCGCUGUAACGUCGACAUCCAGCAGCACAACUACGCCGCCCCACAACCACCACCACCACCUCCCCGACAUCCUGUCUCUAAACUGGCCGGCGCCAGUGAGGACCUCCACGACAGGCGACGCACUCACAACGUCCUGGAAAGGCAGCGGCGCAACGAGCUGAAGAGGAGCUUCGCGGCUCUGAGGGCGGAGACGCCGGCCGUCGCCCAUAACGAGAAAGCAGCGAAGGUCUUGAUCCUGAAAACAGCGACGGAGUUCAUCUCUGAGCUGAGAGGGGAGGAGGGGAGGCUGCUGAGGGAGGAGGAGGCGCAGAGGAGGAGGAACAGGAAGCUGCGACACAAACUGCAGAAGCUCAGGACUUCAUAAUGACCGGACCCUAUGUUUUAUGUUCAACACCUGUUCCUCAUGUGUGGCUGCAGCUGGAGAGUACACUGAAGGGUUUUGGUUUGGUAAAUAAAAUGUUGGUGCGUCACUUCCUGGCAAAAUGACGGCCCCGCCCACUUUCAGGUGAACACAAAGAAACGGCGCCAAGCGGAGAGAGGUUUGAUCAUCCCUAGAAGCUGCUGAAAGUGUAUUACACGUCAAACAACAAGAACAUGUUGAGGAGCAAGAAGACAUCCCCAUUGAUACGAUGACGUUUGAUCAGCACGGUUUUCUUCUAAAUGUCCCAAAAUGAGAUAUUUUCCUCUUUGAGAUCAGACAGUACAGUUAUUCUGUGUACAUUUACAAGUUAAUGAUUUUGCAGAAUAAAACAUAGUCUUCAAUUUAAAAACCGCAGUCGUAAAUUCAGAAUUUUACAAAUUUUCAUCCACGUCUUUGCUCAAGAUUUUUGGGGAAACAGCAUUAAAAGACAUUUUUCAUGAAGAUAAAUUGACCAUGAAUCAAAUCUCAAAGCAGAUGGAGAUUAGUUUAUCGUUGCAGCUCUAAUAUUCACAUCUAAAAUAACUAUCAUGCCUCUCGGUCUGUCGUGUCUCGUAUUAAUAUGUUUUAUUUAAAGCACAUGACCCAGGUGUUAUAUAUAUUAGUAAUAUAAUGUGUGUUUAUUUAAUGAUCAUCCACUCCCUGAAACAUGGUUUUGUUUUUGUGUUUUGUUUUUACCUACAUUUUUAUAUUUGUCUUCAGCACAAGAGGAAGUUCAUGCUCUGCAUUUUUCAAAAUAAAAGCCCUUAGGACACUGGAGGCCCUGUUUCAGUAAAA